CCAACUGCUGACAAGCUUCAGCCACACUAUAGCUGACCACUCCCAAGCUCUGUGUGAUCUCCUAAAAUAGCCCUUAGGAUAGACCCAGUAAGAAACGGAGCCUUCUUUGCCUUUGCCCUAAGAAAGCUAAAGGACUCUCCAAGGGGAGUGGCCACUGUCUUUGGAUACCUGAUCCUGGCCGUGAGAUCACAGCCUCCCCAUAAAUAAGAAGCCUGGGGAGAGGGAGGACUCCACACAGGGACAGGAGCCUCCUCCAGCUCGCUUCGCCAGCUUCUCCACAUCUCCAUCAUGUCCUUCAGUGCUGACCAGAUUGCUGACUUCAAGGAGGCUUUCCUCCUUUUUGACAGGACUGGCGAAAGCAAGAUCACACUAAGCCAAGUUGGUGAUGUGCUCCGUGCUCUGGGUACCAACCCAACCAAUGCAGAAGUCAAGAAGGUUCUAGGAAACCCCAGCAAUGAAGAGAUGAAUGCCAAGAAAAUCGAGUUUGAGCAGUUCCUGCCCAUGAUGCAGGCUAUCUCCAACAACAAGGACCAGGGAAGUUAUGAAGACUUUGUGGAGGGGCUGCGUGUCUUUGACAAAGAGGGCAAUGGAACAGUCAUGGGGGCUGAACUUCGUCAUGUGCUGGCUACCCUGGGUGAAAAGAUGAAGGAAGAGGAGGUAGAAGCCCUGAUGGCAGGUCAAGAAGACUCUAAUGGCUGCAUUAACUAUGAAGCCUUCGUCAAACACAUCAUGUCCAUAUAAAUGGAACUCCCAAGAACAAGACAUCUCUGAAGACUGACUGGAAACUAAGCCAUAAACUUUAGGAACAUUCAUACUCAACUCUCCAGAUCAGUUGACCAACAAGACAGGAAAAACCAAAGAAAUUUGGACUAUAUCAUAUUGAAGGCCUCCCCAAUUUUUUAUGUACCUUUUUCUUUUCCUUCUGAAUGCUCAAGCUAUGUUUCUACUACACAAAGCAGAUAUUUGCAGAAGUACAACUUGGACAAAGUUUCUACAGGUCUCAAGUCUGAGUUAUCUCUCUUUCUAUGCUGUCUACCAUGGGUAGAUGUGUACCCUUGAAAAAAUGAAACAAUCAAUAAAUCACUUUGGUCAGUCUCUGGUAA